UUUGCCGCCGCCAAACGGCUAUAGGCCGGGCGGCUAAUGGUUAAAUGAAUACAAAACAGUUCUCUCCUCUGUCAGUCUCCUGCACACUGCUUUGCAUGGUUCUGCAUAGCAGAGCCAUACAAAGCAAUGUGCUUACAGUGAAGCACACAGACACCGCCCCAAAGUAAAACAGCACACUGUUAACCCUUUGAUGGCCCCACAUGUUAACUCCUUCCUGCCCAGUGCCAUUAGUACAGUGUUAGAGCUUUUUAUUAUUAGUACUGAUCACUGUAUUGGUGUCACUGGGGAUGUCAGUGACACCAAGUCAGUUCCCCCCCCCCAGUGUCAGAAUGCACGCCACAGUCCCGCUAUAAGUCGCUGA